GAAGUGGCAUCUAAUAAAUAUGGCGACGACGUACGACAACGUGCAGGUUGCUGUCCUCACCGAAGAAGAGGAUUUCAAGCCAGUCAUUAAUACGAAAUGUCGUUUAGAUGUCUCAUCACAGAUUGAAAGUGUUUUAUUAACUUUUCACAGUGAUGAUAAAGAAUGCCAUAGAAUUGUUGUGAAUAAUGAUACUGAGUUUUCCAGACUGGGAAAACAAUGUGUUGUCUUCACUGAAGAUCAGAAGAGUUCACGGGUCAAAUUCAACAGUGUACACACAAUGAAAACUUUUCAGUUCAGGUUGAAGGAAUUAACAUCUGGCCUUAAAUCAACAUUCUCAGAGAGAACAGAUGAAGCAUCUGCUGUGCAAUACUUUCAGUUCUAUGGGUACUUAUCUCAACAACAGAACAUGAUGCAAGACUACAUCAGGACUUCGUCAUACCAACGAGCGAUAUUGGCAAACUUAGUAGACUUUCAUGAUAAGGUUGUUUUAGAUGUGGGAGCUGGCUCGGGAAUCCUGUCCUUCUUUGCCAUCCAAGCAGGUGCUAGAAAAGUGUAUGCAAUUGAAGCUAGCAGCAUGGCACAACAUUGUGAGAUGCUUGUUCAACACAACAAACUUGGAGACAAGAUCAUUGUGAUACCAGGCAAGGUAGAGGAGGUGGAGAUCCCGGAGGAGGUAGACACCAUCAUAUCCGAGCCCAUGGGCUACAUGCUCUUCAAUGAGCGCAUGCUGGAAAGCUUCUUACAUGCAAAAAAGUGGCUUCGACCAGGAGGUAAAAUGUUUCCAUCUCAAGGAGAUCUACACAUAGCACCAUUCACAGAUGAAGCUCUUUACAUGGAGCAGUUUUCAAAAGCCAACUUCUGGUACCAACAGUCUUUCCAUGGAAUAGACCUGACUAGCUUACGAAGUGCAGCUGUCUCAGAGUAUUUCAAACAACCUAUUGUGGAUACAUUUGAUGUCAAUAUUUGUCUUGCAAAAUCCACCAAAUACACAGUUGACUUCCAAACAGCAGAUGAAACAGAUUUACAUGUGAUAGAGAUACCACUGACAUUUAGCAUGAUGGAAUCAGGUCUCAUACACGGGCUAGCCUUCUGGUUUGAUGUCGCCUUUCUGGGAACAAAUGAAUCCAUAUGGUUGUCUACAGCCCCAACGGAGACGCUGACACAUUGGUACCAGGUACGAUGCCUGAUAGAGACUCCUGUGCUUGUAAAACGGGGGCAGACGGUCACCGGCAAAUGUCUCCUGCGAUGUAACAAGAGACAAAGUUAUGAUGUUGAUAUAGAGGUAAAUAUCCCAGGAACAGGGUCAAAGUCCACAAAUACACUGGACCUGAAGAACCCGUUCUUCAGAUACACUGGUCAGAAUCCGCAGCCCCCUCCUGGUCAGAACACCACGUCUCCUUCAGAUAAUUACUGGAACAGUCUAGCUACAGGUUCCACGAUGUACAUGAACGGGUUGAUGAAUGGUAUAGACCCCAACAUGUUGCAGCAGCAGGGUGUUGUACAAACAAACCUGAUCCCAGUCUCUAAUGUCGCACCAAUAAACCCGGGCAGUAUCCCCAGUGUUCUAAAUUUGGUGACGAACAACACCCACCAUGCAAACCGAACGUCUGUCGGAGGAGGAAUAAGUCCUGUAAACUUCGCGAUGAAUACACAGAGCUCCAGGUCAACGACAUGCAACAGUAUGUGUAGUGCGAACGAAAAUAACAGCACAGUAACCAACAGCAGGGGAGAAAUGUAUCCGGUCAGCAACCAGUUCAUGAUUGGGGACUAUGUCAUGCCAGGAAAUGUUGUUGUACCAACCCAACUGAGAAAGUCAGAAGCUGUGUGAACAAUUGUUACCUUGACAACAACUCGCGACCUCAAAUAACUGUCCCUCAGAUCCACACUAUUGCUAUACUUCAACUCCUUAUCAUUGAAGUUGACACUUUGGAGGAGAGAGUGGUGCAAUUCAGUGAAAACGAGUUAAUCUUUGAACUUUUCAGUGGUAUAACAUUGUGAGGUGUCUCUAGACAGUUGUACCAACCUCACAGAAGUAGUCCUCCUACCCUACUGCUAAAAAUACAUGCCAAGGCAACUUCAAUAACAGACAACAGUCGCAACAGAACAAUAUAUCUUGAUUAUUUAAAAGUCAGAUACUGUCAAAUUGAUAUAAAUAACUUGAAACUCUGGGUAUUGCGAUGUUACAUGUGAAUGAAAUUUAUAUGUGUAAAAAAAUAAGGAAGGAAGGAAGAAUUUAUGUGACACAUGAGUCUUGAGAAAUGUACCCCCACAAUGGACAGGAGUGCUGUGGAAAAAUCCCAGCAAGCAGUGACUUUUAACAAAAUGACAUUUUCAACCAUGGCUUGUUUAUUUUAAAUAUUCAAAAUGAAUAACAGGUUUCAUGUUCUAUCACAGUUCUAUCAGUAGGUUGGUUACAGAUUCUCGAGGUGAAUUGAGGAUUUUAAGGAUUUUAUGUGAGAAGGACAUGACAAUUCUUUUACAUACAUUACAAGUUAACUUUGAAUUUAAACCAAUGUGUUCUUUGUGUAUCAAGUGUAUACACUAAAAAAUUGCCAUCCUGACUUUUUUUCAAAGGCAAUUAAUUGUAUGGUAAAACCAUUUGAUAUUAUGAAAAUAUUCUUUUCCAUGUAUCAUUUGGGAAGCCGGAGUUUCUGAACAGAACAGUUCUUGAUCUCUAUAAAGUUGUCCCUUCUAUGGCAGUUUGAAGUGUCGGAGAUCCACCCAUCUCCUGUCGAUGAUUUUAUCCCUAUUUAUGCAUAACAGCUUGUAGAACUUAUUAUCAUAUGUACAUUAUGUAUACAAGUUGUGCAAAGAUAAGAUAUACUAUUGAAGUAUUCAACAACAUGAAGGAGAGAUGAAGCCUCUAUAUAAUGGAGUCAUUCUCAUUCCUGUUUAGAUUAUCAAACACUCUUGGUUUUACAAGAAUCUGUAUCAAAUUAUGUAGGCCAUUUCAAUAUAAAGCCAAGGAUUGAACUGGUGGGUGUGUGCCUUGCCUUAACUUGCUGGAUUAUGCAUAGAAACAAGUACUGUUUUCAACCCUUGUUUGAUAUGCUGAGGUGUGUACAUAUGUAGUUCCCUUGGUAGAUGUACUAAUAAAGUCGAUAUAAUAUAGAUAUUUGUUAAAAGGACCAGUUCUGCUGCUUUUUUCCAAAGAAAUGUCAACAACAACAAAAACGGAGGACUGCAAAAUGACUGGAUUUUUUUAUUUUAUUUAUAUCAUUACAUUCUCAUUACAUUCAUGUUAUGCUUAAACUUUCCAAUGAAUUUAUGACAGAAAACUGACAACCAAUGAGAACAAAAAGAUAUCAAAAGAUUAAGGACAUUUCUUCAAUUAUUGCAGGGCUGAACGGUACAUUUUUUUUCUUUUAAAUGUCCAUAAUUAUAUUCAUUGUAUGUAUGUACAGUGUAGAAGUUUGCAACACCCUAUUAGUAUAAACAUCAUCAGCUGUAAUGUAUCAAUAUUUACGCAAGGACAUCUUAAAAAUAUGCAUGAAAAGCAUGGCCUGAUUAAUUUGGGAGUGGGGGGGGGGGGGGGAAUACAAUACUAAAUAUGAAAACUACUUUUACAUCGAAAGCAGCAGAAAAAAAGCAACACAUAUUGAGACAUUUCAGACAUUGCUACAGUUCAUCAUUUUCCUAGAUACAUUGUGUGUACAAAAUCUUUAGAUACUUUGAUGGUUUCUUCCACGUGUUCUUUAAAUCAUGGAAGUAGUUGGAGUUGUUUCACUUCAAUCAUGUACAACAAAUAUAAAAACUUCAGUGCAGAAUGGACUUAAGAAGUGACAGGUUACAUAUUUUUUGAUCAGUAGACCUAAACACAUCACCAGGUCAAUUGAUAUUUCUGAAAAAGAUUGUUAUGCAAUUUGUUUAAAAAUGGAUAAAUGCCAGGUAUAUAUUGAUAUGAAUCUGGUAAAAUAUCACAAAUAUUACUCAGUAUAUAUGUGCGUAAUUAAAUAUUCUGUAUGGAAAUGAUUUAUGAGAGAGAAAACAAAAUUGCCUCUUCAAAGACUUCAUUUGCAUUUGUCGUUAAUAAAAAUAUAUUUAGAAAAAAUCAUAUCUUUACUAUGACCAGAAAUUGACGCGAGAAAACAUGGAAACGAGUACCAGUUAAUUACACUGGGCAUUCUUGUCAAUAUGUUACUCAAUAUGUAAGUGGUGUAAGCACCUGUCUACAUGUAAAUAAUACAGUUGUAGGCUAGCAAGGAAAGUUUGAUAUUACUUAGUACCUUGCCACAAACAUAUUGAGCAUUGGAAGCAUAAGAGGUGGGUACUGACUAUCUAAGCAGAGAUGUACGAGGUAUAUUCUUUAUUAAAUUUAGUGUGGUCAGGGUAUCUGUUGUAAAUCAAGUGUUUUGUGAAGAUCAUACUACUAAAUAAAAAUCAUAAAUCCCAGGUUACACUUUCACAGGCAUCUAGAUGAUUCUCCAAAAAAAUAAAUAUAUAGGUAUAUAAGAUAAAAAACCCGAUGUUUUGGAUGGCACAAAUGAUUUUUUGACUUGCAAUUCAAAAUCCACUUGAUUUACCAUAGAUUUAUCAGUCGUGGCUGUUCAGGAUGGUUUCCAACAAUUAAACACUUUCACUUUGUAAGAGAACUCCAGUUGAUUUGUAAUUGGACACUGAUUCAGUACACUUCAUUAUUUAUAUCUUAUGCUUGAUGUCCUGUGAGAAAAUAUUAAUUCUUUGUGUUUUAACAAAGGCAAAAUAGUGCUCACCAGUCUUUAACAAACAACCUAUUCUCAUUUGAUGUUGAAAUAAAGUCUGAUUUUGUAACAAAUACAAGACUAAAAAG